GUGACAAUUGCAUCUCCGUUGACUAUUCGAUUUUUCAUCCCGAGCCGCGUGUGCUGACCUGAAUGUUCCCUGCAGAUCAAAUCGCCCGACAAGUCGAAGACCCAGGCCUCAGACACUCCUCACAAACCCACGUGGGUCUGGAGAUGGGCAUUCGCCACGCGGCCGAAUUCUUCAGUUUCUACAUAUGCCGCUUCGUCCUGGCCGACCUCGGUUUGCUGCUGGACAAACGUCUCAAACGCGGCUCCGAAUAUGUUCUCACAUGAGCUUUCGCCGAGCUUCUCCCUCCAUCCUUCCGCCAUCCCCGAGUGCGCUAGCUGCUCGCUUGCCAUUUCGAGUAGAGCGACCCAUUCUUGGACGGCAUCCCUGUCCAUCACACGUGAUGGUCAACGAUGUCGAUCCCACGCGUUCCGACUUCUCCCUCACACCCUCUCCAUACAAUACCCUUAUCACGAACACGCCUCCGAAACGACCCUUUGGAGCGGAAAACCUUUCGUCUGCACAAAGUCCAGAACAUUUUUGCCUUCAAGAAAGAUACAGCCAGAAUACUUGACGGACCCCCAAUGGAUAGAAUCACGUUUGUUUCUUACGGACUUCUCCGAGUUAUGGCUUACGACCGUCACGGAGAGUGCGCUUUUGGCACUUUGUGGUGACGAUUUAAGUCGUAAUCUAGUUGCGAAAAAAAUCUUUUGGCAAGCUGGAAUGAGAAGAUGAAAAUGCGAGUGCGGUUGUGUCUUUUGGUAGCGAAUAUGAUUCCCGAUUUUUGAUUUGAUUUUUGACUCUA